GGUCGAAGUGGCUGCGCUCGUUCACGUUGGUAUCCCCUGCUCGCUUUCCAAUGAGAAAAGAGUGUCUGCUCAUACUGAGGGCUGCGCACCGUCCGCUGCGGCACUCAGGUAGUGAAAGUGGGAGAAGCGGUGCCGUAAACAAUCCGGGUCCUUUCACAUUCACUUUCAAGUACUGUAUGAGUUGUGUGCAGCUAGUUAGACCGCAUGCUCGGAAGAUUAAUUAAUGAAGAGAAGGUGGAGGCUUGUCCGGGCAGUUUCUUGAGCGCCUAGCUGCGGAGGAGCGAGCGGAGGAGCCCGGCGGUGACUCCUCCCCCCCCCGGCGUUCGAGUCGUCGUCUUCGGCCGAGUAGCGUUGCCCUGCGGCCCCCGAGUCUCUGCCGGCACACACACACACAGCGCCGUGGGACCUCAGUCACCGCCGUCUCAGAGACGAAAAUGAACCACCUGUCCCUGAGCGAGCUGUGCUGCCUGUUCUGCUGCCCGCCAUGCCCCAGUAAGAUAGCCUCCAAGCUGGCCUUCCUGCCCCCGGACCCCACCUACACCCUGAUUUGCGAUGAGAGCGGCAGCCGCUGGACUCUGCACCUGUCAGAGCGCGCAGACUGGCAGUACUCGGCCCGCGAGAAGGACGCCAUCGAGUGCUUCAUGACACGGACGUCCCGGGGCAACCGCAUCGCCUGCAUGUUUGUACGCUGUUCACCCAACGCAAAGUUCACUCUGCUCUUCUCCCACGGCAACGCUGUGGACCUAGGUCAGAUGAGCAGCUUCUACAUCGGCCUGGGCUCGCGCAUCAACUGCAACGUCUUCUCCUAUGACUAUUCUGGCUACGGGGCGAGCUCGGGGAAGCCGUCGGAGAAGAACCUGUAUGCCGACGUGGAUGCCGCAUGGCAGGCCCUCAGGACGCGGUACGGAAUCCGUCCAGAGAACGUGAUCGUGUAUGGCCAGAGCAUCGGCACAGUGCCAUCUGUGGACCUGGCGGCCCGCUAUGAGAGUGCAGCGGUGGUCCUGCAUUCGCCCCUCACUUCCGGCAUGCGCGUGGCCUUUCCUGACACCAAGAAGACCUACUGCUUUGAUGCCUUUCCGAACAUCGACAAGAUCUCGAAGGUGACAUCACCUGUGCUGAUCAUCCACGGGACGGAGGAUGAAGUGAUCGACUUCUCGCACGGGCUGGCCCUGUACGAGCGCUGCCAGCGGCCCGUGGAGCCACUCUGGGUCGAAGGUGCGGGACACAACGAUGUCGAGCUCUAUGGACAGUACCUCGAGAGGCUGAAGCAGUUUGUGGCACACGAACUCGUCAAUGUAUAGACGGGACUUCCUAGACACUGAAUAACUGUGAGCUACUCUUCACUGUUUUUCAUCAGUUUUUCUUUUCAUUGCACAACUUGGUUAAGGGAUGGAACUUAAGUCAUGCUUUCUGGUUGCAAGUCUCAUUUGCUGCCUUCUACACAUUGUACAGGUCACGAUGUUCAGGCCUCUGUGGAUGACUGUGUUAUUGCCACUUUUGCACAGGAGAAAACUUAUUGGAUCGAUAUCGUAACAGCGUAUCGAUGCCUGUUUGAUUGUUCCCAUGAUGACCCCCCCCCCCCCCCCCCCCCCUUGACUUAGUGUACAAGAUAAAAGGAGUACUGUAUGAAAUGUGAACUCUUGACAACUGCUAUGCCAGUGUUGCCAAAUAUUUAGCAUAUCGAAAAGCAGAUUUAUACAUGGACACUUUUAAAGCAUCUCUGAAAAGCUGUAUGAUUUUUUUUUUUCCCUGAUGUAUAGUGUAAGUAAUUUUUAAAAAUCCUAUGAUUCAGUCCACAAGUCGUUUGUUUUUGAGACCACUACAAAAUGCUGGAUAAAUCGAAAUAAAGUUGUUUCAGUAUGUAAUUAUUUUUUGCAUUUUUUUUCCCUUUCAGCUGUACAGUGAAAUGUAAAUUGGAUUGUGUCUGAUACCUCUGUCACUCAAGUGUUAGUUUGCAUAGAGGUAGCUAGGAUAUCUAAACGAAGACUUACGCCAAUGCCAUUGUACAGUUAGUCUUGUUAGAUGAAUAAAGUGGGGCAGAGCAUAUGCUUGGUGAGGGUAUAAUACUUAUAGAUGCCACUGAGGGGAUGGGAUUCUUUCAUGUUUUUGGCUUGUAAAUAAUAUUUGUACUUAAUUUUUAUUUCUUCUCUGUUGAAAUGUACUGUUGUUCUACUGUUAGUACUAUUAAUUCAAUUAUUAUGCAUACAUAUUUGGUGACACACUUUUGAUUUGGUCUGGGUGGAUGAUGAACUUUAAAGUUCGUCUGGACCAAUGUAACUUUAUUUUUGUGUAAUAUACCUUUCAUUAUUGAAGGGACUUGCUCUAUGUAAUAACAUGAUAGUUAUAAUAAAGUUAUAGGAAAUAAAUUGUAUUUGGA